CCACUCGCGGACGCUUCGCUCUGGUUGGAAGCUUUCGAGAACCCCUCGGCUCGAGGAGAUCGCGAGAGAGAGAGAGAGAGAGAGAGAGAGAGAGGAUGAUGGGAGGGCGCGCGUUGUUGCUGCUGCUUGUGUCGGCGCUGCUCGUCCAGAUCCGCGCCUCCGACUCGCUGCUGUACGAGCCGUUCGACGAGGACUUCGAGGGGAGGUGGGUUGUCUCCGGGAAGGGCGACUACCAAGGUGUAUGGAAGCAUGCCAAGAGUGAUGGACAUGAGGACUAUGGCCUCCUUGUUAGUGAGAAGGCCAAGAAAUAUGCCAUAGUCAAGGAGCUUGACCAGCCAGUUACUUUGAAGGAUGGGACAGUAGUCCUGCAGUUUGAAGUUAGACUUCAGAAUGGUCUUGAAUGUGGGGGUGCCUAUCUUAAGUACAUCCGCCCCCAGGAUGCUGGAUGGGAUGCGAAGGAGUUCGACAAUGAGACUCCGUACACCAUCAUGUUUGGUCCUGACAAAUGUGGGUCAACAAACAAGGUGCAUUUCAUCCUCAAGCACAAGAACCCCAAGACUGGCAAGUAUGUUGAGCAUCACCUCAAGUUCCCACCUUCUGUCCCAUAUGACAAGCUCUCUCAUGUCUACACGGCUAUCUUGAAGCCGGAUAAUGAGGUGAGAAUUUUGAUAGACGGGGAGGAAAAGAAGAAGUCAAACUUCCUGUCUGCUGAUGAUUUUGAGCCAGCGCUUAUCCCAUCCAAGACCAUUCCUGACCCUGAUGACAAAAAACCCGAGGAUUGGGAUGAGAGAGCUAAGAUCCCUGAUCCGGAUGCAGUGAAGCCCGAUGACUGGGAUGAGAAUGCCCCAAUGGAAAUUGAGGAUGAAGAAGCCACCAAGCCUGAGGGUUGGCUGGAUGAUGAGCCCGAGGAGAUUGAUGAUCCUGAGGCCACCAAGCCGGAAGACUGGGAUGAUGAGGAGGAUGGUGAAUGGGAGGCACCAAAAAUUGAUAACCCCAAGUGCGAAGAGGGACCUGGAUGUGGCGAGUGGAAGAGGCCAAUGAAGCAGAACCCUGCUUAUAAGGGCAAGUGGCAUGCACCCCUGAUUGACAACCCCAACUACAAGGGAAUCUGGAAGCCUCAGGAAAUCCCCAACCCUGAGUACUUUGAGCUUGACAAGCCUGACUUUGAUCCAAUUGCUGCUAUUGGAAUUGAGAUCUGGACGAUGCAAGAUGGCAUCCUGUUUGACAAUAUUUUGAUUGCUGACGAUGAGAAGGUUGCUACCUCUAUCCUAGAGAAGACCUGGAAGCCCAAGUAUGAAGUUGAGAAGGAAAAGGAGAAGGCUGAGGAGGCUGCUGCUGGUGCAGAUGGUCUUUCUGAGUUCCAGAAAAAGAUCUUUGAUGUUCUGUACAAGAUUGCUGAUGUUCCGUUUUUGGCUCCCUACAAGACCAAGAUCAUUGAUGUGAUUGAGAAGGGAGAGAAGCAGCCCAACAUCACAAUCGGAAUUUUGGUCUCGGUCGCCGUCGUCUUUGUGACCGUGCUCUUCAGGAUCCUGUUCGGUGGCAGGAAGACAGCGGCUCCUGUGAAACCUGCAGCUGAGGCGAAGAAGCCCAAGGCCACAGAAACAGACGAUGCUGGAAGCAGCGGUGACAAGGAGGAGAAAGAUGACAAGGAGGAGAAAGAUGACGAGAAGGAGGAGACCGCAGCGCCACGCAGGAGGUCCCGAAGGGAGACAUAGACCCAGGCUUAUUUUUGACGUCUUCGGCCAUUCUGGUGCCUGCUUUUUUUGCGAACUCGCCUUUAUUUUGAGUGUAUAAUAGGAGCUUCACGUCCCUCUGCUGAUGAUUUGUUUACUUGGUUAGACCAAGACCCUUCACGAACUGUAGAAGUUAGUUCCUGUCAGUUUGUGUGCUGUGCCUGACUUCUAUAAUCACUUGUUGAAUUCGGAUAGAGGUGAUUGUUUUCUGGUAGAUCAAAUGAAGGAAUAUUUCAGGUUUUUUUUC